UCCGGCAAAGAGGCGUUGAUUGUCUCCGCAUCUAUCAAACGCGCGAGGUAACAGGGACCUGGCAAUGAUCUCACUGGAGCUCAAUUUCAAUGUUUUGACAAGGGAUCUGUCACAUUAUCUGGAAAACCAAGUAAAAGUUGGGCUUUUCGGUUCUGGAGUAGGAUUGUCACUGGUGCUCGGCUUCAGCGCAGCGUAUGCCUGCUACUACUUGAUCUCUGUAGCAAAGAAGCCAAAGCUCGUUGCUGGUGGAGAAAAGUUCUACAGGUUCCUGAAGGAGCAAUGCCCUGUAGUAUCAGAGACAUACUACCCCACCUUCUGGUGCUGGGAGAGCCGGGUUCAGACGCUGCUAAGACCUUUUGUCACAGCAAAACCUGGGGUCAUCUAUCGGAAUGAGCUCCUUAAAGCACCAGAUGGAGGACAGAUCUCUUUGGAUUGGGUCGACAACGACGAGAGCGCCUCCUACCAGGACACGUCCACUCGGCCCACCGUCCUGCUGCUCCCGGGGCUGACCGGCACCAGCCGAGAGUCCUACAUCCUGCACAUGGUCCAGCAGAGCUGCGAUCUGGGCUAUAGAUGUGUGGUGUUCAAUAACAGAGGAGUGUCUGGAGAGAAGCUCUUGACCCCACGGACAUACUGUGCAGCCAACACAGAGGACUUGGAGAUGGUCAUUGACCACCUCCACAGACUCAAUGAGAAUGCCCCCAUCAUGGCUGCAGGAGUGUCUAUGGGAGGGAUGAUGUUGGCCAAUUACUUGGGCCGCAAGGGACGAGAGACAUGUUUGAAGGGGGUCGUGGUCUUCUCAGCUGGUUGGGACGUGUUUGAGUGCAGCGCUUCGCUAGAAAAACCCCUCGACCGAUUCCUCUUCAACUCCUACCUCACCAGUUGCUUACAGGCUUCUGUUGAUCGUCACCGGCCCGUUUUUGAGAAGCUUUAUGAUGUUGACCAUGUGAUGAGGGCCAAGACUAUACGUGAGUUUGAUGAACGUUUCACUUCGGUCAUGUUCGGCUACCCAACCAAUGAUGAUUAUUACAGAGAUGCCAGUCCCAUCCAUAGGCUGAAGUCAGUGCAGGUGCCAAUGCUGUGUCUGAACGCAGCUGAUGAUGUCUUCUCCCCAAACCAUGCCAUUCCAGUGGAGGCGGUAAAGCAGAACCCCAACCUGGCCCUGCUGAUCACCUGUCACGGGGGCCACAUCGGCUUCCUGGAGGGCCUGUGGCCCCGCCAGAGCACUUACAUGGAUCGUGUGUUCAGGCAGUUCGCCAAGGCUGUCGUCGAACAUGAUGGCAACCUGAGUGACCUCCAACCCUGACCUGGGAACAGAUAACCCCACCCCCCUUUCCCACCCAUUCCCUUCUGCCAUGUGCAAAAAAAAUGUACAUUUCCAAAACAGAGCAUUUCUAAGGGCACAUUCUGUUUUAAAACAGUUCAUGCUGUUUGGUCUUUGCUGUUGUUUUUUUUACUUUAUGUGAAAUGUUUUUCUUUUGUUCACUUGUGCACUUCAACUCUGGUUCAUUCAUGUGAUUCAUGUCCAUACGUUCAUUCAUUCAUCUGUUGAAAGUCCGUUUCGAUUUCUUUCUUUUUCUUUCUCUGGUUUCCGUUCUGCCGCCUUGGUGUUCCCAUUUAUGCCUUUAAUCGCUAUGGAGGAGAUGUGAGAUCUCAAAAGAGGUAUGAACCAACUGUUUGAUGAUCUCAGAACCAGCUGAAUUUGCAGUUACAUCAGACUGAACUAAAUUGGACAGGAACCUUUAGACACGAGGGAAAGGACCAGGACCUAGAUAGAGAAAUCCAGAGACAACCAGAGAGGAAUCGUCCUGUGGAUUGACUAUUUUAGAAGCGCACACAAAGCCGCCCUCAGCCUUUGGGUGGUUCAAACUAUCUCUGUCUGUCAUCUUAUGUCUGUGUAGUAGCUUUUGUAGCCCUCAGGGAGUUGAUUUAUAAACACACGUACAUAGGUCCAUGUGUUCUUUUUUUUUCUAAAAAAAAAAAGUUUUAUCUAACAGACCACUAUUAUUUAUGUUUCUUGCAUGCACUUUCCCCCACUCGCUGAAGCUGUGUGCACAUUGCGUAGCUUUUGAGUGUACAGUAUGUCUUGAAUAUAAUUAAGUACUGACAAGGAAUGUGAAAUUGCACUAUAUUUAGUUAUGGCCCCCAUACCUAAAACUUUCCAAGCAGACCUUGACCUUGUAGCUGUAAAGUCCCUAUAAAUUCACAGAUAAAUAUGACAUUGGUAGAUACUUAUCUCCUUGCUGACAGGUCAGCAAAGCCUUAAAGUUAAUGCCAGCUUGGCGACUGCUCUCCUAUUGUUUGGAUAUACAGCUGGAUUUGGUUGAAGUCCCAGUAACGGAUGCUACUAUCCCAGCUAGACAGAUCUAAACUCGGACAGUAAAGGAAACAAGCUGUGUAUUAGUGAGGUCUUUGCUUUGUCAUGCAUAUGUGGCUGUCAAAAUUUGCGUUCUCAUGACUUUUCCCACGUGGAAGAUGUAUAUUACCUCAUCUUGCUUCUUAGAUAUUGGAUAAUUGAGUAGCAUGAGCCAUCACCGCCCAGACUGUCUUGAAUCGUAUUACUAAUGUUACAUAUCUAAGAGCCUGUAGCACAAAGGUCAUCACUUUCCAUCAAAAAUAUCUGUCCUUUUAUAGAUCCAUAAAAGGAUGUUCUGUUCAAUAUGUGCAGCAAUAAGAUUUUAAUAUGAGAUCUACUGUAUAUGGAGCCUGGGUAUACGUACGUCCACGUGUGCAUAUGUAUGCCCAUGUCUUAAAUAAAUGAAGUCUAUAAGGCGCUCAGUGUUCUAGCCGUUU